CAAGUUCCAGACGGAGGAGGUGGUGUGGCUGAAGUGGGCACUGAUUAGUUUGUAUGAAACCACGAACCAAAGGCGUCUACAACCACACGUCAGUAUUGACCCGGACAGCGGGUCUGUUCAGCCGACACAGUGUUUUGAUGAUAUUCAUCAGCGUUAUUAGCUCAUUUAUUUAACCGGAUACUUGUGAGAAGCACUUCUUUAAUAACGGGCCGCAUCACCCUUUUUGGACAAUGAAGAAGGUUGCUCUGCUGCUGAUUGUGUUGCUCGGCGUUGCACAUUUUGCAACUCUGAGCCGAUGUGAAGAUGAUGUUGCAGAGGAGAAGAAAGAUGCUGAAGACAGUGAAGAGGAGGAGGAUGAAGAGGAUGACACAGAGGUGAAAGAAGAGAACGGAGUGCUGGUUUUCACCAAUGGCAAUUAUGACACCUUCAUGGAAGGCAAAGACACAGUGCUGGUUGAGUUUUAUGCCCCGUGGUGUGGCCACUGCAAGCAGUUUGCCCCGGAGUAUGAAAAAAUCGCCCAGACUCUUAAGGAGAACGACCCUCCCAUACCUGUGGCCAAAGUGGACGCAACGAUAGCCAAUGAGAUAGCGAGCAGGUUCGAAGUGUCGGGCUAUCCCACCAUCAAGAUCAUGAAAAAUGGGGAACCUGUGGAUUACGAAGGCGCAAGAACAGAGGCGGCUAUUGUGGCCCGGGUGAAAGAGGUGGCUCAGCCAGACUGGAAGCCCCCACCUGAGGCAACGCUGGUGCUGACCAAGGACAACUUUGAUGAGACCGUUAACAACGCAGACAUCAUCCUGGUGGAGUUCUAUGCUCCAUGGUGCGGACACUGUAAGCGUUUGGCUCCAGAGUUCGAGAAGGCAGCCCAGGACUUGAGCCAGCGCUCUCCUCCCAUUCCUCUGGCCAAGGUGGACGGCACCAUCGAGAGCGAGCUAGCCACGCGUUUUGAAGUUUCGGGCUAUCCCACCAUCAAGAUCUUCAGGAAAGGCAAAGUGUUCGACUACAACGGACCCAGAGAGCAGCACGGCAUUGUUGACUUCAUGGCUGAGCAGGCAGGGCCUCCCUCCAAGCAGGUCCAGGCAGUAAAACAGGUGCAGGAGCUCCUCAAGGACGGCGACGACGCCGUUAUAGUCGGCGUGUUCUCCAGUGAUCAGGAUGCAGCCUAUGCGAUCUACAUUGAGGCCUGUAAUACACUGAGGGAAGACUUCACCUUCCGUCACGCCUUCAACUCCGAAGUGGCCAACCUGCUCAAAGCGUCGCCCGGUCAGAUUGUCAUACUUCAGCCUGAGAGGUUCGGCUCCAAGUACGAGCCAGCGUCGCACACACUUGCAGUAAAGGACUCUACGUUGGUGUCAGAAGUGCAGGACUUCUUCAAAAAACAUGAAAUCCCUCUGGUGGGCCACAGAAAACCAAGCAACGAUGCCAAGCGCUACACCAAAAGACCCCUGGUGGUCGUGUACUAUGGAGUUGACUUCAGCUUUGACUACAGGAAAGCUACGCAGUUCUGGAGAUCCAAGGUGCUCGAGGUGGCCAAGGACUUCCCAGAAUACACGUUUGCCAUUGGUGAUGAGGAGGACUACGCAGAAGAGCUGAAGGGCCUGGGCCUGAGCGACAGCGGAGAGGAUGUCAAUGUAGGACUUCUGGCAGAUGAAGGCAAAAAGUUUGCUAUGGAGCCAGAGGAGUUUGAUGCCGACGUACUGAGAGAAUUUGUUUUGGCUUUCAAGAAAGGAAAGCUCAAACCCAUCAUCAAAUCCCAGCCAGUGCCAAAGAACAACAAAGGGCCCGUCAAAGUUGUGGUAGGAAAGACCUUCGAGGAGAUCGUCAUGGAUAAAGAGAAGGAUGUCCUGAUUGAGUUUUAUGCUCCCUGGUGUGGCCACUGUAAGAAACUGGAGCCUGACUAUUUGGCUCUCGGCAAGAAGUACAAGGGGGAGAAGAACCUGGUGAUCGCCAAGAUGGAUGCCACAGCCAACGAUGUGCCAAACGAGAGCUUCAAAACAGAAGGCUUCCCUACGAUAUACUUUGCCCCGAGCGACAGUAAGCAGAACCCCAUCAAAUUUGAAGGUGAAGACAGAACAGUGGAGGGCUUCAGCGCGUUCUUGGAGAAGCAUAGCACAAAGCUAUCACAGAAGAGGGAUGAACUUUGAAAAUGUCUCUUUGGAUGAUUAUCUGAGAACUCUUAAACAUGCUCGGGGUGAGCUUGAGGGGAAGGGAGGAAUGCGGUUACUGAGUUGCUAUGUUCAAUCAUAUUUUUUGAGUUUCUGUUCAUUCCAAGAGAUUCAGUGUUCGUCUGUCUUUAAAAGCAUGUACGCACUGUUGAAGAUUUCAGUCUUUUUCAAUAAAACUGUAAAUGAUGGGA